AUUUUCUGACUCGAGCAGUGCUACUCUUGAAGUCUGUAGAUUAUGGUCGCAUGGCUGAAAUACUGGUGCAGAGGGCAGCUUCUCCUGAUGAAUUCACUCGGUUAACAGCUAUCACUUGGAUAAAUGAGUUUGUAAAACUUGGUGGAGAUCAGCUUGUUCCUUAUUAUGCUGACAUACUGGGAGCCAUUCUCCCCUGCAUAUCUGAUAAAGAAGAGAAAAUUAGAGUUGUUGCUCGUGAAACCAAUGAGGAGCUUCGUGCAAUCAAGGCUGAUCCAGCUGAAGCAUUUGAUGUGGGAGCCAUUCUCUCCAUUGCGAGGAGGCAACUGCGUAGUGAGUGGGAGGCCACUAGAAUUGAAGCAUUGCACUGGAUAUCAACCCUUUUAAACAGACAUCGUGCUGAGGUCUUGUGCUUUCUAAAUGACAUAUUUGACACCCUUUUGAAAGCUCUAUCUGACUCUUCUGAUGAGGUGGUGCUCCUGGUUCUUGACAUUCAUGCAUGCAUAGCACAAGAUCCCCUACACUUCCGCCAGCUUGUUGUUUCUCUGGUGCAUAAUUUCCGGGUUGAUCAUUCUCUUCUAGAGAGGCGUGGUGCUUUGAUAAUCCGUAGACUUUGUGUUCUCUUGGAUGCUGAAAGGGUCUACCGUGAGCUAUCCACCAUACUUGAGGGAGAAGCAGAUCUAGAUUUUGCCUGCAUUAUGGUUCAGGCUUUGAAUUUAAUUCUACUCACUUCUUCUGAGCUAUCCGAGCUUCGGGAACUUUUGAAACAGUCACUGGUUAAUGCUGCUGGAAAAGAUUUAUUUGUUUCUUUGUAUGCUUCAUGGUGCCAUUCACCCAUGGCAAUCAUAAGUCUUUGUUUAUUAGCUCAGACGUACCAGCAUGCAAGUGCUGUGAUUCAGUCCCUGGUCGAGGAAGAUAUUAAUGUCAAAUUCUUGGUCCAGCUUGAUAAAUUGGUUCGCUUGCUCGAAACACCAAUCUUUGCUUAUCUUAGAUUGCAGCUUCUUGAACCCGGAAGAUAUAUAUGGUUGUUGAAACUAUUAUAUGGUCUUCUAAUGCUACUUCCACAGCAAAGUGCUGCAUUCAAGAUACUGCAAACUCGUUUAAAAACUGUGCCAUCAUACUCCUUCAGUGGUGAUCAACUCAAACGAGCAUCAUCAGGGAACCCACACACCCAAAUUUUACAUCACAGUGGAUCUCAAAUCACUGAGGAUGGUGAUAUAAGCCAAGAUAAUGGGAAUUUACAGAAUGGAAUUAACUUUGCUUCAAGGCUGCAACAGUUUGAGCAAAUGCAGCAACAACACCGUAUGCUUGCAAAAUCACAAGCACAACUACGAAAUAGUUCCAGUUCAUUAUUAAAGGAAGGACAAAAAGCAGAAACCCGGCGACCUCCAACAUCAGACACAAGCAGGCCUCCUUCAAGAUCAUCUAGGAAAGGCCCGGGGCAGUUGCAACUUUAAUUCUUGUUGCCAGCUGAUAGUUGAAGGUCAAUUAUACUACGAUCUCAAAGGGCGAGAUGUGGUAUAGUUUGUAAAAUUGUAUAUCAUAGUAGUUUGUUUUAUUAAGCUUAUGGGAGUUGGGAUGGUGAAAAAUUGGGAUUUGAAUAUAAGCUUGGGGGGUUUUCCAGGCUAUUCAUUUUUCCUUUGUGAACAGGAAAACCACAUGUGGUUCUGUUAUUUUUUAUUGAAAACCACAUGGAUUAGAGGGAGAUAAUUAAUCUAGAAAAUGCAGUUUGUUUGUUUGUUUUUUUUUUUAUAAAUCCGUUCAUGUCUCAUAGCGAUCUUACUAAAUAAGGGAAUCGCUAAUUCAUGUACAAAUACAUAUUUGGUGAAAUUAUGCAUCUACUCUUUUAUUCCAUACAUAAUUGAUUC